UUGAGACAGAUAGCCACAUGUAGAACAUGAAUAGUUGCUUACGGGUAUGAAUGGUGUUACCGCCAACGGGACGACGGUUUGACGGGGUGUUGAGGUCAAAUGUGACGUGCCGUUCGGCGGGUUUCUUGAACGAAGGCGCAGCGACAUGAGGAAGCUGUAUUGGAGGUUUGGGCCACCCAUUGUAGCGAGUAUUGUGCAAAGCUGGAGGGAAGGUGUUGGGAUCAGGGAUAUCCCAUCGAGGACGAGUUGAAUAAUACAUGGGGGAUGCGAUGUUAGUGUGCGAUGACUUUGGAAGCUGGAAGAGGCGGAAUCGUGGUGAAGAGGAGAUUAUAUACCAUCAGAUAAUAGUAUGGCGAAGCUGCAGCAUCCAAUCGAACCAUGGCCUGCUGUACCCUGCCUGCCAGGUCGAGCACUGCCACACUGCCACCCAGCGUUUUCAUUUCUGGUAUGUCUUCGCCUUCUGUUCGCAGCCCUACCUCUUUCAGGUCAAAAUCUCCUCAAACAUGACCAUCAACUCAGCUCGCCAUUGACCUCCUACCUUCGCUUGAAAGAAGGUCUUUGGCUUCUCGAUAAUAAUAUCGAUCCAUACACAGGAGGAUCUUUUCACCAUUCCCCUCUCCUACUCUCCUUAUUUUCAACCAUAGUACCUCCACUCCCAAUUAUAUGGGCUAUAUCUGAUGCUGUGGGAGCAUGGGCGCUUACUGGCUCCCCUUGUAGGCGCGGCAUGCAUUAUUGCGGGAGGAAGCUGGAGUUGGGUCAGGGCGUCGUGGGGCGCAACGUAAGUCGACUUCUAAUCCCUGACAGAUGGUUCAUAAACACAGCAUCCCAGCCUCGCGCUACUAGACCUCACGCCUAACCCUGUCUUUGGUGGUACUUCUUCACUGAGAUAUUCGAUCAUUUCAGACCGUUCUUCCUCAUGGUCUUUUCUGUGCGUUCUCAUUUCGUCGUACAC